UGCCCCACUAGUCAGUCAGACCCUCUUUAAUGCACUUCAACGUGUUGCCUGGGCUCAUACACCUGGAUACCACCUGACUGCAAAAUGUCUCGGGCUGCUGAAAGACUCAGACUGCUGAUCAGUCAUCUUGAUCGAUCACCCGAUCACAUUAAAGCCGCACCAACUUCUGCUCUAAGUGUCUCCUACAGUCACCCACAGAGGUUGAGGUACACUGUCGAUAAUGAUCUGCUGACCCCCGAGCAGCGACUCUCCUAUGAGGAGAAUGGCUUCAUCCUCAUCAAGAAUCUGGUGUCUGAAGAGGAUAUCGACGGGUUCAAGAAGGAGUUUGAACGGAUCUCCCGACAGGAAGUGAAGGUCCCAGGUCUGGUGGUAAUGAGGGACGUGGCGAUCGCUAAGUCAGAAUAUGUUCCGGAUCAGAAAGCAGUCUCCAAACUCCAAGACUUCCAGGAGGAUCCUGAGCUGUUCCGGUAUUGCGCCUUACCUGAGAUUCUGAAGUACGUGGAGUGUUUUACUGGACCCAACAUCAUGGCUAUGCACACAAUGCUGAUCAACAAGCCCCCCGAUGCAGGUAAGAAGACAUCUCGUCACCCGAUGCACCAGGACCUGCAUUACUUCCCAUUCCGCCCGGCUGAUAGGAUCAUCUGCUCUUGGACUGCGAUGGAAAGAGUAAACAGGCAGAACGGCUGCCUGGUCGUCCUGCCGGGAACCCACACUGGCACCCUGCAGGAGCACGACUACCCCGAGUGGGAGGGUGGCGUCAACAAGAUGUACCAUGGAGUGCGUGGCUAUGACCCACAGCACCCUAGGGUGCACUUGGAGAUGGAGAAAGGUGAUACUGUCUUCUUCCAUCCUCUGCUGAUCCAUGGCUCUGGCAUGAACCAGACACAGGGUUUCCGCAAGGCCAUCUCCUGCCACUAUGCCAGCGCUGACUGCUAUUACAUUGACGUGAAGGGAACAACGCAGGAGAACAUAGAGAAGGAGGUGCAGGAGAUCGCUGCCAGAAAGUAUGCUUUGGGCCAAAUCAGCUUCGAGGAUACGUGGGCUUUCAGAGGCCGCCUGGUGCAAGGAGAGAGGAUUUCACUGUAAUGACACCCACAGGCCUGAUACAAACUGAAUCUACGCUGCAGCAGGACCGAUCACUACGCCGAGAACAGACUGAUGGUGAUUAAAGAGGAAGCAGUAGGGUAACUACGACCAGCACAGAGAGGGUUCAAUGCAUCCAUAGAGUACCCGGGAAAUCAUUUCAAAGCCAAAAGGGCUUGUUGUCUAAUUCUCCUGAAUCACCUACAGUUUUAAAUGUAGUUAUGCUAUUUUUAGUUGAAUUGCUGUACUUUUAAUUGACGUCGAUAAGUUUAUGUUCACUGUAACGUGUCCAGAAUUUAAUCCAAAACAUCUUCAAUAGAAAGAUCUUGUAAGAAAUUAUCAGAGUCCUUCAUGAGAAGAAUCAGGAUGUUAAGUACCUUACAUUCAGGAUUCCUUCAACUGCUCGCUUUACAACAUUUUAAAGCACUAAAAAAAUCUAAUUAGAGCCCGACCGAUAAAUCCACUAGCUGAUAGCAGCUGAUAUUAGCGUAUCAAGUGACUAUCGGUAUUGGCUAAUUUUAUCGCAGAUGUGCGCCGAUAUUACUGCAUUUAUUUACCAGUCUAAUAGCAUUUCAUUUGAGUUUCAUUGUAUUACACUAGCAGUUCUCUGUCACCAUCAGAGGGCCUUAUAUGGAUUACAACAAGCAUCAUCAAUCUCCAGAGUUUCAAGCGGUGACGCACGUACAUGGGCAGUCACUUGUAUCUUUUCCACAAGUGCUUGGUAACCACAUUAAAAAGAUAAACGCAAUAAAUGUUAAUACCUAUAUCUAUCUCUAAAGAUUGAACAUAGAUCAAAGAAAUAUCGGCAGAUUUAUCAGAUUUUUUUCUCUUCCUAUUAUCGGUAUCGGCCCAAAAAUCCCAUAUCGGUUGGGCCCUAGCAUUCAUAGCACUUAAGAAUAAAAGAAUAUCAUGAAUGCAUCCUGAAAUGUUUAUCAAGCUGUUUAAUAAAAAUGGAAAUUAAAGGGAUGUUAAUUUUAAAGGCAGGCUAGCUAACAGGACAUGAAAUGUUGAUAAAGAAAAGUGAUCGUGUUUGUGUGAGAGGUAGAGCAAAGUGAAAAAGAGAGUAAUGAAAGCAAUAUGUGAGAACGAUGAUGUGAAGAAUCAGGGUUGAUUGCAGCUCUAACUGAGGCCUUUUCCUGAUACUGCCUUAUAACGUUUUCAGUGUGUUAACUUAAUGUUCUGUAGAUUUCUUGACGAUGAGUGAAUGUUUUAUAGAAUCAAGCUGUGAUGAAUGAAAUGUUGAAUUAGCAUUAAUAAUAAAAUUAAAAAACGGCAUAAUGAGA